GCGAGAACAUCUCGGAUGAUGGGUCGCGAUCGCGUCGACACUGUCGCAAUGGGAUCUACACUGCUUGCGGUGGUUCUAGUGUUGGGCCUUUUCGGGCCGACCCUGGCCAUCAACCCGCUGGCCAAGGACGAAGAAGUGGUCAACGCUACGAGCUCGAUCUUUGAAAACGUGCAAGCUGCUCAGGCUUCGACGGAGUCGCUGAAGAACGACAUGCCGAGUUCGGACUACCUUCGAUUCGGAGCCCAAGGUCUGCUGGAGUACGUGUCGAACGUGUCCACCAAGUUCACGCCCGUCUUUGAGAACUUUGACCAGAAGGACCUCGAUCAGAUUCAGCAGAGCUUGAUCGAGGCAAUUCGUUACCUCAACGGGUACGAAGUCGUCAACAGUAUCUCGCUGCUGCAGAACGUCGACUACAACCUGUACAAUCACAACCAGUUCCGGUCGAUCAACAGCGAUCUACGGAUAGCGUCGAUCGGUCUGUCCGAGGCACUGUUUGAUCAGCGUGAUGUAAGCUCGGCUCUGGAUGAUUUGCUAGCCUCAACAGACAAGCUGACGGAGCACGUCGGCCGAGUUUCCGACGCAAUUCAACGCGGUGAAGCUUGGACAGCGGAAACGACCGCUCGGGCUACUGCAGCCCAGCGUGCCUUCAACGAGUCCAUCGACAACUACCUGAACGGAUCACUCACCCAAAUCGACGACCUCUCCGAAUCGCUUACCAACCUUCGCACCUACGAGGAAGAACUGUACCAAAAGAUGAAGGACAAGAUCCCAAUGUUCCCCAAAUCCACCGUCAACUACUUCAUCACCCUCAAAAAGUCCCUCGAGAACCUCAUUCAGAAGGUCCUGAUCAACUUCGAGAACAUGCGCCUCUACAAACACCGCGAGAUCGAACAGUGGAAGGUCCGGUCGUCGAUCAACGCCCCGAUAAGCUACAUGACCCAGGUCGCCGUUCAGGUCUCCGCCGAUCCCAUGCUCGCCAACGACUGCACCGAAGCGUACAUCGAGAAGCUGCUUGCCUUCCCGAACUUUACCGUGAGUCACGUCAACGGCUGCCUCACCGACCAAACCUCCAACGAGGAGAAAACCUUCGACGUCAUCACGAACGUGAUCGACAAUUACGUCGCGGGCGCGAUCAACGCCUCGUACGCCGCCUUCGACAUCUGCUUCCGAUACGCCCCGAAAAAGCUCAACUACUGUCUGGAGCUGAAUGGCUACGAAAACACCUGGGCCAACGGGCGCAUAUACACGGCGUCGAAGCAGAUCGAAUCGCUCGUCGACGGCGAGAUCCAGAACAACUUCAACACGUGCAUCGCCCAGAUCGGAUACUUUCUCAACUACCACAACCUGCAGGAGAUGUGCUUCUACAACAAGAAGCGGAACCGACCGCGUGGGCGCUGGUGAUCCCGACAGUGAUUUUGUUAUUGUUUGUUGAUGUUUAUUGUAACCGUUGAAUAAAAUUAGGGGCAGUUGGCUCGAA